GGGUGCGUGGCGCCACGCCGCCGCUUCGGAUUGGUUGCUUUAGCCGAGCCACGCAAGCCAAUGAGAUGAUUCUUCGUGCCGGCGCGAGCCGAAGCCGUUGAUUGAGGGAAGCGGAGGACAAGGAGCGCGUGGGCGGCGGUGGCGGUCGCUGAUUGGUCCGCGAGCAGCGCCGGUGGCGGAAGCGGGUUCUGAGGUAACGCAGCAGUCGCCGUGACGGCUACGGAGAUGCGGGCGCCGAGCCGUUUUCCGCCGCCGUUCUUCUUUCUCCUGUGCGCCUUGGGCCUGGUGAAAGGAGGCGAAGUGGGCGCUGUCACUUGCGGCUCGGUGCUGAAGCUGCUGAAUACCCGGCACAACGUGCGACUCCACUCGCACGAGGUCAAAUACGGAUCCGGAAGUGGUCAGCAGUCAGUCACUGGUGUUGAAGUUUCUGACGAUGCUAAUAGCUACUGGCGGAUUCGAGGCAAAACUGAUGGGGCCUGCCAGCGAGGAGCACCGGUGAAAUGUGGGCAAGCAGUGCGCCUUACUCAUGUUAAUACAGGGAAAAAUUUACACACUCAUCACUUCCCAUCACCACUCUCCAAUAACCAGGAAGUAAGCGCCUUUGGUGAUGAUGGCGAAGGAGACGACUUGGAUGUGUGGACAGUGCAGUGCGGUGGAAGUUACUGGGGCCGAAACGAUGCAGUGCGCUUCAAGCACAUAGGAACGGAUGCAUUCCUUUCAGUGACAGGUGAACAGUAUGGUCACCCAAUCCGGGGCCAACGGGAAGUCCAUGGCAUGCAUUCUCCUAAUCAACACAAUUACUGGAAGGCAAUGGAGGGUGUCUUCAUUAAGCCCAACUCGGACUCCACAAAGCACGAUGAGCUCUGAAGGACCUUUUUGUAGAAUCUGGUUCCCUUCUGUAAAUAUCAUCUUAAAGCAUCAAAAAAAACUCUACAGUUGAGGGGAUUUUUUUUUCUUGUGUAAUUCCACUUCCACUGAACUCAGACUUAUGUGGAAUAUGUUGGUUGUUUGGCUCUUCUCCAUUUUCAUUGGUUGUUCUUUGCCUAUCUCAUUUGCUUCUUCCCUUUUCCCUUAACUUACAGAAAACAGUAGCCCAAGGUGUGAAUUGCAGUGUAAAACAAUCUAAUCCGAAGUGCAAUAAAACUUAAAUUUUGUAAUUAUCAAGUUGUAAAUAAAUCCAUAAAAAUA